GCAGAAUAACAUCCCUGGGUCCCUCCAGAUUCUCCUGGGGAAGGGAAAUGGAUGCAGCAGAGCUGUCUCAGAGGCCGGUGACCUUCGAGGAGGUGACUGUGUAUUUCACCAGGGAAGAAUGGGCUCUGCUGGACCCCCGUCAAAAAGCCCUCUACAGAGACGUCAUACAGGAGAACUAUGAGAAUGUGACCUCGCUGGAGUUUCCAGUUGUCACACCUGAUGAGCUCUCUCACCUGGAACAAGACAAAGAGCGGUGGGUCCCAGAUCUCCUUCAUUCAGAGGAAAGAGAGAUCCUGAGAGGUACCUGCACAGGUGAUGGGAUGCUGAGGGAGAAGGAAGAGCACCAACCUCAGCAGGAAGAUGCUGAGCAAGACAAACCACACGGGGCAUUAUUGCAAAUAUCUGAGGAGGAUGUGUCCAGGAGUGGUGAGCAGAGAGAAGGAUGUGAGAGUCAGCUCAGGCCAGAGAGGAAGCAGGGAAACAAGCCAAGGCAGAAAUUGAAUAAAUCCAUUAAUAGUUGGGGACCUCACAAAUACGUCAAGAAAACCACAGCCCAGCAGAAAAUCCAGGCAGGAGCGAGAAACAACACAUGUUCUGAGUGUGGGAAAAAUUUCAGUAGCCGCUCAGUUCUUCUUAAACAUCAGAAGAUCCACACAGGAGAGAGACCCUAUGAAUGCCGUGAAUGUCAGAAAAGCUUCACUCACAGAUCAUCCCUUAUUAAACAUCGGAGGAUACACACAGGAGAGAGACCCUAUGCGUGCUGUGAGUGUGGCAAAAACUUCAUUGACAGCUCAGCCCUUAUUAAACAUCAGAAAUUCCAUGCGGGAGAGAGACCCCAUGAAUGCAGUGAGUGCGGGAAAAGCUUCACUCAGAGCUCGGACCUCAUUACGCAUCAGCGAAUCCACACAGGAGAGAGACCCUAUGAAUGCACUGUGUGUGGGAAAAGCUUCACUCAGAGAGCAUCCCUUAUUAAACAUCAGAGAAUCCACACAGGAGAGAGACCCCAUGAAUGCUGUGAGUGCGGGAAAACCUUCACUCAGAGCUCAGGCCUUUUUAGACAUCAGAUCAUCCACACUGGGGCGCGAUCCUAUGGAUGCUCUGAGUGUGGAAAAAGCUUCACUCGGCGCUCAAACCUAAUUGUACAUCAGAGAAUCCACACGGGAGAGAGACCCUAUGGAUGCUGUGAGUGCGGGAAAAAAUUCAUUGACAGCUCAUCGCUUAAGAAGCAUCAGAGAAUCCACACGGGGGACAGGCCUUAUGGAUGCUGUGAGUGCGGGAAAACCUUCACUCGCAGCUCAAAUCUCAUUACACAUCAGCGAACCCACACAGGAGAGAGACCCUACGAAUGCUGUGAGUGCGGGAAAAGCUUCACGGACAGCUCUCUCCUUAUUAAACAUCAGAGGAUCCGCACGGGGGAGAGGCCCUAUGAAUGCAGUGAGUGUCAGAAAAGCUUCACAGACAGCUCAGAUCUUAUUAAACAUCAGAGAAUCCACACCGGAGAAAAGCCCUAUGAAUGUGGUGACUGCGGGAAAAGCUUCACUGACAGCUCAGACCUGAUUAAACACCAGCGAAUCCACACCGGAGAGAGACCGCAUACAUGCUGUGACUGUGGGAAAAGCUUCACUCAGAGAUCAUGCCUUAUUAAACAUCAGCGAAUCCACACAGGGGAACGACCCUAUGGAUGCGCUGAGUGUGGAAAAAGCUUCACUUGGCGCUCCAACCUUAUUACACAUCAGAAAAUCCACACAGGGGAGAGACCCUAUGGGUGCGGUGAGUGUGGGAAAAAAUUCAUAGACAACUCAGCACUUUUGAAACAUCAGAGAAUCCACAUGGGAGCCAGACCUUAUGAAUGCGGCGAGUGCGGGAAAAACUUCACUCGGAGCUCCAAUCUUAUUAGACAUCAGAGGCUCCACACCUCAUAGAGACACUCUAGAUGCUCUGAGUGUGGGAAAAACGUCUAUCCUUACUUAUCGGGCCAACCGACUUUUUUCUGCUGCCCUAGCAUGUUUAGGGGUGAAGCAUUUAACCUUGAACUCUUUUUUUUUCUUCUUAUUUUAACUGUUUUUCUUCAACCCUUUUCAGACUACGACUUUUUCGAAUUGCAGCCACUUUUGCUUUUUUAACAUGGCUUGAGAGCCCAGCUUUGUCUUUUACAUUCCCCGUGAUCUGCGUCGGUUUUAUUUGGGGAUUUAUUUAGUAAGACUGUAACUUUUUUUUCCCCUUUGCUUUUUAUUGUUGGCUGUUUUAAUUUAGACACUUUUUGCCUCAGCCUGUGACAUUUUUGCUUACUAUUACAUACCUGCUUUUCCUUUGCCAUGAUUUGCACGUAACCGGAGUUACACUGGUGAUGCGGAGGGUAUUUGGAUUUGACUUCAGGCUGGAUAUAUAUUUUUUAAUUUUAUUUUUGAAUUGCUUUUUAAUUUUUGCCUUUAAUUCAUUUAUUUUUUAAUUUAUUAUUAUUGUGAUCAUCUGCUUGCAGAACUGCAGCAACGUUCCGGGGCCGGUAAAGGCUUAAAAAAACAUUACCAUUCUCUUGUAGAAAAUCAAUAAGCGGUUUUUAAAUAUUAUUUUUAACUUUUAUUUUUAGGGGUUUUUUUAUAUCAAUUUUUUCCUUGACCAGGCUACCAGCCUGAGCCCUGAGUUCCAGUAAUGGAAUGUAUUCGUAAAUCGACUAUGUCACAGGGAAAUUACAGGUUGCUACCCUACCCUGCAGUUCUUCCCUUUUGCACAGGAAACCAUCCAACAAACCAUUUGUGCCAAUCAUCCCCUUCUCUCCACCACUCCUGGUUGGCUUGCCAAAUCUGUUACUCACGGGUUUUAGAACCCAAAGCACUGGUAACUCAACUGGUCUUGUUAGGCUGUGUUAGGAAUAAAUUAAUGGGGACACAGCUAGUUUGUUUCACAAAUGAUUGGCACAAACAAGAGUGCUUUUACCUAAAAUGACUGUAUAUAUCGCUAGUAAUAUAGGCAACGGUGCUUAAUGCUGCAAAUCUUUAGGACAAGGUUAACCACACACAAGUUCAAUCGAAGGAGGAAGCUUUAAUUGGCUUUGAGGUUGCAGUUCAAACACGAACAAUCAUUCGGUUUUGGUACUGACAUAUUUAACAGCUCAGUGUGGAUUGCACGGCCUGGGUGAAGUUCUGGGAUUGAGGUUUGCAAUUAAAUGGACAGCUGCCUCCUUGGGUUCCUGUUUUAGGAUUUAUGAGGGUUGGUGAUCUGUUGUGUUAAUUUCAUCAUUUGACUAAAUGGAUAACAUGAUUGCAAUGCAAUAGCAUUGUUAACGCAUUGAUUUACCGAUUUUGACUUUAACAUAAGUGUGUUCACCCAAUGGUUAAUUUAGUCAUGUAUAUAGCAGUUUAGUCUUAGUGAUGUGUGUUCUUGAUUUUGGGUUGUUGUUUUUUUCAGUUUAAUAAAAUGUAUA